AUGACCAUUCCCUUGGAAGUGCCGAUAUUCGGCCCGGCCUUUGCCAGUGCCGCCGUCUCGGCCGGGGCAUCCCGCUUGGAGCUAAACAGCAAGGGAUCGUAUCCAGCCGGAGGGCUCACUCCAGUGAUUGGGGACCUUUCUUCUCUAGAGGGCCUGGGAAUACCCAUUCGCAUCAUGAUACGGCCUCGCGGGCCUCCCGCUCGCGGCGCUUGUGAUUUUAUCUACACCGAGUCGGAAGUGAAGGCCAUGGAACAGUCUAUUCGCGAUUUCAAAGCGUCUGGGCUCAUGGAGGAAGGAAGAGGUGAUGGAUUCGUCUUUGGAGCACUUGCGGAAAUCGACCGAGAACAGGCAAGAGGCCAACCUGAUGGCCAUGCACACGCUGGGACAGUCUUGAAUGCCGGUCAGUGCAGCCGACUUGCCGAGGCCGCGAAGCCAUUCAAGUUUGUGUUUCAUCGGGCAUUUGAUGAGCUGGUGCGACAUGAGGUGUGGGAGGAAGCAUUGGAGGAACUGGUCCGAUUGGGCUUCAACGGCAUCUUGACCUCGGGAGGGCCUGGAGACGCCGUGGACAACAUCCCGAGGUUGGUCCAAAUACUGGAGAAGGCGGGUAACAGGAUGGAGAUCAUCUUGGGUGGCGGAGUCCGGAGCAGCAAUAUCACGGGACUUAGAGAAGGAAUAGGCUCUUCCCUUGCAACCCCAGGAUAUUGGGCUCAUUCGUCGUGUCUGACCGGCAAGGUCACGCGCGUGUUUGAUACAAAAGAGGCCGGCGAUAUGGUAGCUGGCCUCGAUUAG